AUGUUGGGAUUGGGCGUGCGUCGACUGAAGUCUCGUCCGUCAUUGCUGGAUCUGAUCGCCAACCGUGGUGGUGGUGUAGUUGAGCAGAGCUCCCCCCGAUCGCAGCAGGAGAGUCCGGCAUCACCGCCCAGACCGGCCGACCUGCCACCGCUCCCCGUUUCGCCCACUCCGUUGUCCUCCAGCGACAGCACCAGCUCAAGCACCAGCACCAAAAGCACCCCCAUCCCGCAGCCCCUCCUUUCGUCCUCGUCCCCCAUCCAAACGCCGGCUCCUCACACCAUGGCCCCCUCUGGAAAGGGCUCUUCGAGCUCUGAGGAUGUUAACGCUGGUGCUGUCUUCUCCAUCUCCGGUCCCGUCGUGGUGGCUGAGAACAUGAUCGGUUGUGCUAUGUACGAGCUGUGUCAAGUCGGUCAUGAUAAGCUAGUCGGAGAGGUUAUUCGUAUCGAUGCGGAUAAGGCCACCAUUCAGGUCUACGAGGAAACAGCUGGAUUGACGGUCGGUGACCCCGUCUGGCGAACUGGCAAGCCUCUUUCUGUCGAGCUCGGCCCCGGUUUGAUGGAAACGAUCUACGACGGUAUUCAGCGACCCCUGCGAGCUAUCUCCGACGAAUCAGGCAGCAUCUACAUUCCCCGUGGUAUCAAGGUCAACGCGCUGGAUCGCAAGAAGAAAUGGGAUUUCACGCCCGGAAAGUACAAGGUCGGCGACCACAUUACAGGUGGUGAUAUCUGGGGUACAGUUCUCGAGAACAGUUUGUUGAACGACCACAAAAUCCUACUCCCUCCCCGUGCCAAGGGUACCAUCACUCGGAUAGCGGAAGCCGGUAGCUACACUGUUGAGGAACAAUUACUGGAGAUUGAGUUCAAUGGCGUCAAGUCGACACACGGUAUGAUGCACACCUGGCCCGUCCGUGUGCCCCGACCGGUCAACGAGAAGAAGUCCGCCGAUGAGCCGUUCGUUGUCGGCCAGCGUGUGCUGGACUCUCUCUUCCCCAGUGUGUUGGGUGGUACCGUCUGCAUUCCUGGCGCUUUCGGAUGUGGUAAGACUGUCAUCUCACAAAGUGUGUCCAAAUUCUCCAACAGUGAUGUCAUUGUCUAUGUCGGUUGUGGUGAGCGUGGGAACGAGAUGGCUGAAGUGUUGAUGGAUUUCCCCGAGCUCAGCAUUACGAUCGAUGGCCGCAAAGAGCCUAUCAUGAAACGUACCUGCUUGAUCGCUAACACCUCCAACAUGCCUGUCGCUGCUCGUGAAGCUUCCAUUUACACUGGUAUAACCAUUGCGGAAUACUUCCGUGACCAGGGAAAGAACGUUGCUAUGAUGGCAGACUCCAGUUCCCGAUGGGCUGAGGCUCUUCGUGAACUUUCCGGUCGUCUUGGAGAGAUGCCAGCUGACCAAGGUUUCCCCGCCUAUCUCGGUGCCAAGCUUGCUUCGUUCUACGAACGUGCCGGUAAGACGAUCGCUCUCGGAAGCCCCGAGCGAGAUGGCAGUGUCAGCAUUGUCGCCGCCGUUAGUCCUCCCGGUGGAGAUUUCUCAGACCCUGUCACUACUAGUACGAUGAGUAUUGUCCAAGUGUUCUGGGGUUUGGACAAGAAACUGGCGCAGCGCAAGCACUUUCCUUCGAUCAACACAGGUAUCUCUUACAGCAAGUACACGACGGUCCUGGACACCUACUAUGAAAAGCACCACCCCGAGUUCCCUCGCCUGCGUAGACAGGUCCAAGAGCUUCUGACAAAGUCUGAGGAUCUUGACCAAGUCGUGCAGCUGGUCGGAAAGGCUGCGCUUGGUGACUCCGACAAAAUCACAUUGGAUGUCGCCGCGAUGGUGAAGGAUGACUUCCUGCAACAAAACGGAUACAGUGACUACGACCAGUUCUGCCCUCUCUGGAAGACAGAAUACAUGAUGAAGGCAUUCAUGGGCUACCACGACGAAGCACAGAAGGCGAUCGCCCAAGGCCAGAAUUGGCCCAAGGUCCGCGAUGCGACUACCGACAUCCAAACCUCCCUGCGGCAAAUGAAGUUCGAGAUUCCAGAGGACGAGGCGGACGUGUCUUCCAAGUACGAGAAGGUUCUGCAAACCAUGUCGGAGCGGUUUGCUUCUGUGUCGGAUGAGUAG